CCUCAUGGUUCUAUCAAAAAGAGAAAUCGUGAGACACCAUCCACCCCGACGGAGGAAGCCAGACUUCCCCAGUGCGUGGAGAAUUUCCCUUUUCGAUGGCUUGUUUGACCAAUUUGUCCAAACACACACGCACGACGCGCCAGCAACCGCUCGAUGACGCAGCAUCUUCAUGCUGUCUUACCAAGCCAGAUGGCGGGGAACUUUUGCCUGAAACGGCACAAGUUCCAGCAUGUCAACAUUGAGUUUGAGAUGGGCGCGGCUCUUGCAAAAAAAGAUGGUGCGGCCUGCGUCUGUGUGUCCUGCGGCUCACCCACUUCGGCCGGGCUGGCUCGUUCGCUUAUCGGAGUCAUCCGAACCCUGGUUCCUCGGUGGCUUCCCCGGAUCUGGGCCCUCCCUCUCCCCUGUGGGGGCUUGGCGGCUCUCGACCACACCACCUACCCUCAAUGUGGCUAUUUGGCAAUCGUUGAAAAUACAGGAAGUACGGACGGAACGCACCCCUUGCGCUGCGUUUUUACUUACUUUGUGUGUUUACGGCGGGUCGAGGUUCCGAAUCGCCCCGCACUGAUGCCUGUAUUAAGAUGUCGACGUAGGGGUACCGGAACAUUUACAGGCACAUGUCCAUACCGACACCUAUGUACCCACAAGGCGAUGAUCAGUCGGUUUGAAAGAUGUGCUGCGCUUUAUGCGACGCUGAAAAUCGUCGGAAGCGGCGCUCGUAUGGUUUGUGGUUCAUCGUGCCGCUCAUCGCAACCAUUAGACUUAAAGUCGUUCCAGAAGGGAGUGGUCCGUUCGAUGAUAGUUGACGGUUCGAUGCAACCAAAAGGUUGAGUGGGAACGCGAAGCGGAAACCGACGAGGCUUGUCUGGGCUUCGACUUCCGCUUGCAGAGGUUAAAACUUGGAGGAGCGUGCGGCACAGCCGCAAUACUCCGUAUUGCCGUGGGCAUUCGGCGUUUUGUGAGGCGAUCUCCUUCUUACUGUUCCGACCGUUUCGUUGCUUGUACGCGCGUGAUCCCAACGGCAAACAGGUUCGAGGAAAACCACGAGCGGAAAAUCUCCGUUUCCAUAUUCGCCAAGGGCAUCUUGACGGGAGUGGUCCGCCUUGCUUGAUAGGUGAGAUGAACCAGUGGGAAAAGUAGUAAAGAAAGAAUCGAGAUCCGUGCAUAGCGGUGUUAAUAUCACUGGUAUGGCAGCUCAUUGAAGGGUUGCCGAGUUUGCGCCGAACAAGUCAAACGAGUAAAAAGAAAACGCUCAUGGGCAGCUUUAGGUACCUACUGAUGUCAGAAGGACGCA